CCCUGCGGCGCGGUCUGGGAACCACUUUCCCGAGCGGAAGUCGAUCUGCCGCGCAGGCCCUGGUGGGAGCAGCUCGGAGGAAUGGCGCCGCCGGGUUCAAGCACUGUCUUCCUGUUGGCCCUGACAAUCAUAGCCAGCACCCAAGCCUUGACGCCUACUCACUACCUCACCAAGCAUGACGUGGAGAGACUGAAGGCCUCGCUGGACCGCCCAUUCACAAAUUUGGAAUCUGCUUUCUAUUCCAUUGUGGGACUCAGCAGCCUUGGUGCCCAGGUGCCAGAUGUCAAGAAAGCAUGCACCUUCAUUAAAUCCAACCUGGAUCCCAGGCACGUGGAUUCCCUCUUCUACGCCGCCCAGUCCAGCCAGGCCCUCUCGGGCUGUGAGAUCUCUAUUUCAAAUGAAACCAAAGACCUCCUUCUGGCAGCUGUCAGUGAAGACUCGUCGGUUACCCAGAUCUACCACGCGGUUGCAGCCCUGAGUGGCUUUGGCCUCCCCCUGGCAUCCCAGGAAGCACUCAGCGCCCUGACAGCUCGUCUCAGCAAGGAAGAGACUGUGCUGGCAACUGUCCAGGCUCUGCAGACAGCUUCCCACCUGUCCCAGCAGGCUGACCUGAGGAGCAUCAUCGAGGAGAUUGAGGACCUCGUCGCUCGCUUGGAUGAACUGGGGGGCGUGUACCUCCAAUUUGAAGAAGGCCUGGAAACCACGGCGUUAUUUGUGGCUGCCACCUACAAGCUCAUGGACCACGUGGGGACCGAGCCAUCCAUGAAAGAGGAUCAGGUCAUCCAGCUGAUGAAUGCCAUCUUCAGUAAGAAGAACUUUGAGUCCCUCUCAGAAGCCUUCAGCGUGGCCUCCGCCGCUGCUGCACUCUCCCAGAAUCGCUAUCACGUGCCGGUGGUGGUGGUGCCCGAGGGCUCUCCUUCCAGCACGCGAGAACAGGCUGUCCUGCGGCUGCAAGUCACCAAUGUCCUGUCCCAGCCUCUGACUCAGGCCACCGUCAAGCUGGAGCACGCGAAGUCUGUGGCCUCCAGGGCCACCGUCCUCCAGAAGACGCCUUUCGCCCCGGCGGGGGACGGGUUUGAACUAAACUUCGUGAAUGUCAAGUUGCCCAGUGGUUACUAUGACUUCUCUGUCAAAGUCGAAGGUGAUGCCCGUUACAUUGCGAACGCUGUAGAGCUCAGAGUCAAGAUCUCCACCGAAGUUGGCAUCACGAAUGUUGAUCUCUCCACUGUGGAUAAGGACCAGAGCAUCGCUCCUAAAACCACCAGGGUGACCUACCCGGCAAGAGCCAAGGGCACAUUCAUUGCAGACAGCCAUCAGAACUUCGCCUUGUUCUUCCAGCUGGUCGACGUGAACACUGGGGCCGAACUCACUCCUCACCAGACAUUCGUCCGACUUCAUAACCAGAAGACUGGCCAGGAAGUGGUGUUUGUCGCCGAGCCCGACAGCAAGAACGUGUACAAGUUUGAACUGGAUCCCUCCGAAAGGAAGUCUGAAUUUGACUCUGCCUCCGGCACCUACACCCUCUACUUGAUCAUCGGAGAUGCCACUUUGAAGAAUCCCAUCCUUUGGAAUGUGGCCGACGUGGUCGUCAGGUUCCCAGAAGAAGAUGCGCCAUCAACUGUCCUGUCCAAGAACCUUUUCACACCCAAACAGGAAAUCCAGCACCUGUUCCGAGAGCCUGAGAAGAGGCCCCCCACGGUGGUGUCCAAUACAUUCACCGCCCUGAUCCUCUCGCCCUUGCUCCUGCUCCUUGUUCUGUGGAUCCGGAUCGGUGCCAACGUCUCCAACUUCUCUUUUGCUCCGAGCACAAUUAUCUUUCACCUGGGACAUGCUGCCAUGCUGGGGCUCAUGUAUGUCUACUGGACUCAGCUCAACAUGUUCCAGACGCUGAAAUACCUGGCCAUCUUGGGCAGUGUGACAUUUCUGGCUGGCAACCGGAUGCUGGCCCAGCAGGCCAUCAAGAGGAUCGCUGCAGAGCAGAGCAGUAGAUUGGCAAAAUAUAGGACACUACGAGCAGCGCACUAGUGCCACCAGGAAGGAAAGACGUGCUGACAACAGACAUGAAUGCUGAGAAAAGGCGUCGAGAACAAUUCACAAUUUAAAAGGAAAACUAAAUAAAAGGAACAGAAAAACCCAAAACUUUAUUUAAAGGGGGUGGGAGUGGGGGUGGGUGGGUUGCGAUUGUGGUUGUACUUGUUCUUGGAUUUCCCCCAACAGAGAGCAGAUACCCGGGAACCCAGAUUAUCCCCUGUGUCUUUGGCAAGGUGCCCUGACAAGCUGGCUGUGAAUCUUCGUAACUUGCCCAGAUGUUAUGUUUGGAGGGUUGGAAUCUGUAACUAAGCUGUUUGGGAAUAAAGAGAAAUGAAACGGAA